GACCCGGUGUACUUGCCGCAAUAUAAACUUGAAGAAAAUGGAAGUUAUAGGUGGCUGAAUGUUGCCAAGUUCUAUGGCCUACACUGAUCUUUGGGCAAUGUGGAAGGGAGGAUACAAGUUUAGCAGCCUAAGAAACAAUUCGCUGACGAAGAUAAAUCAGAGCAAUCACAGUAGUAGCAGAACUUGUGUUGUGGAAUUUGAAUCAGACUGCACAAAGCACAGAAAAUCAUCCGCUUACACCGCUCACGUGAUUCGUUCUGCAACAUCUAUCUUGCCUUGGUCUUGUAGAGUCCCAAUUGGUGAAGGGUAUCAUGAAUUCCUUUAAUUAUAUAAUUCACAUUAAGACCUUUGUUCAUUGUUCAGUUGAUUGGUCACGGAAAAAUUGUCUACAUCUUGGAGAUAUAUGGUAAGUGUAUUUGCUGAUUUGGAAAAGAUGCCUGGUUUUGUUGCUUGAAAGAAGAGAUCUACA